AUGGCUCGGACAAUGUUUAAUCUUCCUGUGGAAGCUGUGUUGUCUUCAUCCGAAUCAAAGCCACGUUUGGAAUGGAAACCUACCGAGGAGGCCACAACAAAUAAACCUGCACAAAACUUUGUUACUUGUGUCCACAAAGUCAAAAUUGAAGAUUUGAUUCGCAAUGUAACUACAACGUGGUCCAGAAACCUCAUUAAUCAUUCCCUCUGUUUCAUGGUAGAAAAUCCUUCAGAUGAUGAUCAUUAUACCUGCAAGAUAGAUAUUAAAACAUGGCAAUUUUGGGGUAAAAAAGGUUUAAAAUCAUUCAGGGUCGAUGAGAAACGUGUAGAUGUCUUCUGGGAUUUAAGGUGUGCAAAAUUCUCGACCAGCCCCGAGCCUUCCUCAGAUUAUUACGUUGCUGUGGUCUCCGAUGAAGAGGUGGUAUUAUUGCUUGGAGAUCAAAAGAACGAGGCCUUUAAGAGAACCAAGUCAAGACCUUCAUUGGUAGAUGCCACCUUGGUACAUAAGAAAGAGAAUGUAUUUGCAAAGAAAUGUUUUUUCGCACGAACCAUGUUAGGCCAGGGGAAAAAAGCACAUGACAUUGUUAUUGAAACCUCUCUAUCUGGGGAUUGUGAGCCUGAAAUGUGGAUUGGGAUAGACGGAACUGUGUCGAUUCGGGUUAUGAACUUGCACUGGAGAUUCAGGGGAAAUGAGACCCUUUUGGUGGAUGAUGUGCAGGUACAAAUUUUAUGGGAUGUACAUGAUUGGUUAUACAAUAUUCCCAAUUCAGGCCCAGGUGUAUUCAUUUUCAAGCAAGGUGAAGUGGAAUGUGAACCUAACACCUAUCUAGAUAGUAAAACAUUGAAGGGUGAAGGGUGUGAGUCUCACUGGAGACACCCCACAGACAAGGAUUUCUGUCAUUUUCUCUAUGCUUGGAAACUUGAAUGA